GUCCGCCAGAUUAGAGGCAGUAGGGAUGUUAUCUUGCUAAAUGCGUGAAUUAGACCAAUUUCCUGUCCUAAAAUGUAACGAGUAGCCUACUUUUGGGUGUCAGGGAAAUGUUUGGAGUAAAACGUACAAAAAUAUAAAAAGUAAAGUAUAGAUACCUUAAGUACUUUACACUGUAGGCUACGUAUACUGUUGACAUUUAAGAGGCUAAUAACGUUACUUAUAGGGACAUACAUACGCAUGCAUUUAUUGUAAUAUGGUUAACAAUAACCUCGCAUCAUUUUUAUUAUAGCGUCUCUACUUACAAAGUUGCAUCUGCAUGCCAUUCGGGACACAAAGCUGGUGGGGCAGAAUUCAGGGGAGCACACCCUUUCUGGAGCUGCUGCCUGUAACAACUACGGAAUAAAACAAAAGUCGUUUAUAAUGGAAGCAAAGUCGUAAUUAUAAAGUUAUGUACGCGAGUCAGAUGUUUAGAAAAACGCAGGGAAAAACGGUGGACACUUUGAUUGUUUGAGUUUUAAAUGUUGAGGAAAUCAAUCACCCCAUGUCUCGAGCCACUACACCGGUGGUGCACGGUCUACGGCGGCGAAGGGCUGGCGUGAUCAGGCCAGCAAUCGGCCUAGUCAAGUGACUCCCAAAGUGUCAGAUAUAGCUUGCUCGCCAGCUAGCUAACUUGCUGAACUACUUUUGUCAACCAACGUCGUUGACGUCCCUGAUGUGGCAAUUGAAAGUUGCUGUUUUCAAAUUGUGGCUACUACUAGCCAUUGUUAAUCGACUUUUUAACUAACGUUAGCAAACUACCUUACUAGCUAGCUCAGCUACCAGUUGGCUAUGUUGGACUGAGCUAGCUAGCCAGUAAACACAGCUUGCGAGUUCCAGUUCUUAAACUAGAUUUAUUUCCGUUUUAGGUCCGCCAGUGUCUUGGCAAGUUGACAUGUAAGAUUAUUUAUUUUUAAAUUCGUGUACGCGUCUUGCAUAUUAUUAUUUUUUACAUCUUGGUUUUAAUGAAUAACUAGUUAGCCAGUUAGCAAUGUCUCUGCCAUCCGCCGAUAUGAUCGAAACUCCCCCUGGAUAUCCCUUUGAAGAAAUAGAUUAUGUGGAUAUUGAAGUUGAAGAGGUCGUGGGGAGAGGUGCAUUUGGUGUUGUCUGCAAGGCCAAAUGGAAAGGCAAAGACGUCGCAAUCAAGACAAUAGAGAGUGAAUCUGAGAGGAAAGCGUUCAUAGUUGAGCUGCGACAGCUUUCGCGUGUGAAUCACCCCAACAUUGUGAAGUUGUAUGGCUCAUGCAAUAUUCCGGUCUGCCUGGUGAUGGAAUAUGCUGAAGGGGGGUCUCUGUACAAUGUGCUGCAUGGUGCUGAACCCCUCCCCUAUUACACUGCUUCCCAUGCCAUGAGCUGGUGUUUUCAGUGUUCCCAAGGGGUCGCCUAUCUCCAUGGCAUGAAACCAAAGGCUCUCAUUCACAGGGACCUCAAGCCACCCAACCUGCUCCUGGUUGCCGGUGGCACCGUGCUGAAGAUAUGUGACUUUGGAACAGCGUGUGACAUUCAGACCCACAUGACCAACAACAAAGGAAGUGCUGCUUGGAUGGCCCCAGAGGUGUUUGAAGGCAUCAAUUACAGCGAGAAGUGUGACGUGUUCAGCUGGGGCAUCAUUCUCUGGGAGGUGAUCACACGCAGGAAGCCCUUUGACGAGAUUGGAGGGCCGGCCUUCCGCAUCAUGUGGGCUGUGCAUAACGGCACCCGGCCACCGCUCAUCAAGAGCCUACCCAAACCCAUUGAGAGCCUGAUGACCCGCUGCUGGUCUAAAGACCCCUCUCAGAGACCCUCCAUGGAGGAGAUAGUCAAGAUCAUGACCCAUCUUAUGCGAUGCUUCCCAGGAUCUGAUGAACCCUUGCAAUAUCCGUACCAGUCUUCAGAUGAAGGACAGAGUAGCUCGGCCACCAGUACAGGUUCCUAUGUGGAUUACACUUGCAACAGCAAUAAGAGUGACACAAACAUGGAGCAUGGGGACUCUCCAGGGAGCAACGACACCAUCAAGAUCACACCUCAGUUUGCACAUCAGUUCAGGCCAAAGGUAGACCCGUUGUGGAGCCUGCCUCUGUCCAGAGGGAGCAGUGUUGAGAGCCUGUCGGAGCGAACACACAGUCUGCUGCCCUCAGAGAGCAAAAGAAUGAGCGCAGACCUGUCAGAGCUGGAGCACAGGGUGCCUUUCGCUCCCACAGCACGUCCCCAGUAUAAACGAGGCCACCGUAAAACGGCGUCAUUUGGCACCAUUCUGGACGUUCCCAAGAUCGUCGUCACAGCCACCUGUGAGGCGCAGAGACGGAGAUCUGUACAGGACCUCCCUGGGGUCGGCACAGAGUCCAGCCAGGGGAGCCGGAACAGCAGCAGGUCCUCCAGUCCCAGUGUGAGGAUGAUGCCGCCUGAUAAGACCAGCAGCAGAGGCUAUAGCUUCUCUCCCGAUGACCCCACAGAUACCAACGGCUCAGACAACUCCAUUCCCAUGGCAUAUCUCACUCUGGACCACCAGCUGCAGCCCCUCGCUCCUUGCCCAAACUCCAAAGAGUCCAUGGCUGUGUUUGAGCAGCACUGUAAAAUGGCCCAGGAGUACCUAAAAGUGCAGACAGAAAUCGCCUUGCUGAUCCAGAGAAGGAAGGAGUUGAUCGCUGAACUGGACCAAGAUGAGAAGGACCAGCAGAACACGUCCCGCCUGGUCCAGGAGCACAAGAAGCUGCAGGAGGAGAAUAAGUCUCUGUCCACCUACUACCAGAAGUGCAAGAAGCAGCUGGAACUGAUUCGCGCCCAACAACCGAAGAGACAGGGCACCUCAUGAUGAUCCACAAGCUGGCCCCUACCUGGCUCAUGCUGCAGAGACACAAACAAACUCUCCCCAUGUCAUAUCCCCCGUUCUCCUCCUCUUCCUCUUCUCUUCCUCUCCUCUACUGAUCUGGGUCACCUGUAGUCUGGUCUGAAACCCAAACCUCUACUGUCCUGGGUCAGCUGUAGUCUAGACUGAAACCCAAACCCUACCUGCAAAGCAUUAGCCACUAUCUCUCUCCUCCUCCCUCUGCCCUAUGUUAGCUAUGAUCUCAACCUAGGUGCCCCCGCCCACCAGCACCUGGGCCCUGUAGGUUCCAGUGGAUCUUGUUUUACCGUGUACUGUAAAGAGACCUGUGUUUUACUGUAUACCUGCAUGUUGCGUCAUAGACAAACUGCUGAUAACAUGGAAUGGACAAUAAGGUGCACUCAAGCAGGCUGUUAUGGAAAGUCUCUGUGUCCAUAUGUAUGCACAUCUUUACAGUAUAUUCUUUGAUUGCAGACUAAAACAAUCAGCAUAUAUCUACCCUCUGUCCAUAAAGAGCUGUAGUCAUGAGGUUGUGAUUGCCCUAGGUACAGUGAACACAGAGGGCAGAGGAGUGGGCUUCUAGCCCUCAAUGGUCAGCCAUCCUUUGGUUCAGAAAGGAUGCUUCUUGAGGUGUGAGUCCUGUACAGUAACCUCCUAUUGCCUUGUGUUCCACAGCCUGAUGGGAGGGGAGGCCAGUGAGGGGUGUGAAAUAUGUUUGUCUCUAUUGCUCUCAGGGCCCCUCGGACCCUCCCCUGGGCUGCCUGGUCCGUGUGUGUGUCCUCCUCCCACAGUUAGUCCGACCCUGACCUGUCUUCCUUACUGGCUAGUGGCCAUGUGUCCUUGAGAAUGUGAAAAACAAAGAUGGACGUGUGAGUUACGUUCAGAAUUUGGCGUUUUUAAUGAAUUACGAACUGAAUUUAUUUGACUGUGAUCACUAAGUUCUAAGUGUGUUUUUUACCCUCUUAGGCAGAAAUAGCCACUCUUGUAUCUAUAUAAUGUAGACGUCUCUGUUCUCGCUCCUAGUUUUUAUGGCAGCAUAACCCCUCAGAAGAAAUCCACCACAACCUGACAACCUAUCUGAAACUAUUUAAUGUAAGUUGCAUUCAUUUUAACGGUGGAUGUAUUUUAGAUAUGUCUUGCAUAUCCAUGAUGUGUCUGUGGAUAAAAAAAAGAAUGUCUUGACACAAGCAAAAUAUGAGACUUUAUUUUUUCAACCUGCUUAAGUAAAAUAAACUUUGUACGAGGUUGAAAGUGCAACAUGUUUAUCAAGACUUCAGUAUUUUGUGUUUCUUUGUCUAUUAUUCUAUAAUUUUACUUUGUUUAAGUAAGACACCGGUUUUGUGUUAGGGAUUAUAAUCUUAUCUGGUAUGGGAAUAUACUGAGGUACAGUGCAUUCGGAAAAUAUUCAGACCCCUUGACUUUUUCCACAUUUUGUUACGUUACAGCCUUGUUCUAAAAUUGAUUCAAUAAAAACAUUUCCUUCAUCAAUCUACACACAAUGUCCCAUAAUGACAAAGCAAAAACAGGUGUUUAGACAUUUUUGUUAUUACAAAUCAAAAGCUGAAAUAUCACAUUUACAUAAAUAUUCAGACCCUUUACUCAGUACUUUGUUGAAGCACCUUUGGCAGAGAUUUCAGCCUCGAGUCUUCUUGGGUAUGAAGCUACAAGCUUAGCACACCUGUAUUUGGGGAAUUUCUCCCAUUCUUGGGAGCAUUGCUGUACAGCUAUUUUCAGGUCUCUCCAGAGAUGUUUGAUCGGGUUCAUGUCCGGGCUCUGGCUGGGCCACUCAAGGACAUUCACAGACUUGUGCCGAAGCCACUCCUGCAAUGUCUUAGCUGUGUGCUUAGGGUCGUAGUCCUGUUGGAAGUUGAACCUUUCCCCAGUCUGAGGUCCUGAGUGCUCUUGGGCAGGUUUUCAUCAAGGAUCUCUCUGUACUUUACUCUGUUCAUCUUUCCCUCGAUCCUGACUAGUCUCCCCACAGCAUGAUGUUGCCACCACCAUGUUUCACCAUAGGGAUGGUGCCAGGUUUCCUCCAGACGUGACGCUUGGCAUUCUGGCCAAAGAGUUCAAUCUUGGUUUCAUCAGACCAGAUAAUCUUGUUUCUCAUGGUCUGAUCAUAUUUAGGUGACUUUUGGCAAACCCCAAGCAGGCUGUCAUGUGCUUUUUUUACUGAGGAGUGGCUUCCGUCUUGCCACUCUACCAUAAAGGCCUGAUUGGUGGAGUGCUGCAGAGAUGGUUGUCCUUCUGGAAGGUUCUCCCAUCUCCACAGAGGAACCCUAGAGCUCCUUCAGAGUGACCAUCGGGUUCUUGGUUACCUCCCUGACCAAGGCCCUUCUCCCCCGAUUGCUCAGUUUUGCCAGGCGGCCAGCUCUAGGAAGAUUCUUGGUGGUUCCAGACUUCUUCCAUUUAAGAAUGAUGGAGGCCACUGUGUUCUUGGGGACCUUCAAUGCUGCAGACAUUGUUUUGGUAUCCUUCCUCACAGGUGGACUCCAAGUUGUAGAAACAUUUCAAGGAUGAUCAAUGGAAACAGGAUGCACCUGAGCUUGAGUUCGAGUCUCAUAGCAAAGGGUCUGAAUACCUUUUUUAUUUUUUAUGUUAUUAUGGGGUAUUGUGUGUAGAUGGAAUCAAAUUUUAGAAUAAGGUGGUAACGUAACAAAAUGUGGGGAAAAUAAAAGGGUCUGAAUACUUCCCGAAAACACUAUACAAGGAGAGACCUAUCCCUCUCCUAAAUGUUGGUUUUUAGUUCACAUGUUGCCUUAGAAUUUUAUUGCUAGCUGUUAAAGUACUUGACUUGUUUUUCUUUGCUAUGUUGAGGUGGGAGAAGUUGUUCACUUGCACCUCAUUUUAAUGGACAGUCAGUGAAAAUUAUGUGACUUUGUGUUUUUCGGGAGGAUUGUUUAUUAUGCUAAUGAAUCCCAGGAGGCUGAUUGUCUGGUCAAUGGUGAUGUCAAUAUGCUGCAAAGGAAAUCUUAAUGAAAUCUGUCACUGCUUUCCCCAAUGAAUAUAAUAAAUCCCAGUAGCUUUAAGUAUUCAUGAAACAAAGUUAAGAUAAAUUAUCUUACUUUAAAAAGUUGUCUUGCUGUUUAUUUUGAGCAGACCUGUCUUAGCUACAGUCCUUCAAAUGUUUUGCACAAUCAUCUGGUUUUACUGAUCACAUGUAACAAACAGUGAUUCUGGUACUUUGAAAUACACAUUCUGAUGUACGAGACAUGAUAGAUGAAAUUGUGGGUUCAUUUGCUGCAGUGAGUAUAUACCUAGUUUUUCAGUUUAAAGUUAUGUUCACUAUAUCUUUUUUUUGACCAUUUCCUGUAUAUAAAUGUUUCUUAAGCUAUUGGGAACAGGUAUUUGCCUAGGAGGGAGGCAUCAUGAAAUAAACUAAACGGGGACAAAUUGUA